AUGUAAAUAGAAAAAUUAUUGAGUACAACCAAGUGUAUUAAAAUGUUGCAAUAACAGAUGGAUAUAGAACAUUUUCAUAUCUACUCAAAUAUUCUGUAUUGUAGAGGUACAUAUGAUAAUUAUAUAUAUGUGGGGGGGAUGCUUAAUGAUUAAACUGAUAUUUAGACGCAAUCAAAAGACCAACAAAACUAACCACCCCAAUAUCCAUAUUUUGUAUAUAACUUUCCACCUACUUCCAUGAUGGAUUACAAUAACUCUCAAAUUCCUUAAUUAUAAAUCAGAAACUCAAAUGACUCAAUUUUUAAAGAUAAUAUGCAAAUUCCAGGAUUCCUCUAAGGCCUCUCUGUACCUAGCUUUCAAUUCAAUAAUUCCAAUCAAUUUUAUUUGAAUGAAUAGAAAUCUACCUAUGUACCAUCAAUGGCUGGUGCAUUAGCAUCUGUUUUUAAUGAACAACAAAUAUCAGGUUUUUAAAAUGAGAACAAAGGCAAUCGCAUUAUCAUUGGUACCUAAACACUUUGCGAUAUCGAGAUGAUAUUUGUGUCGAGGUAUUUCGACAUUAAGACUCAGUUAUUUUGUCCUCCAAAUAUUAAGUACGCCUUAAAUGAUGAGAGAUCCAUUUCAAAUUCAGCGUGGAUGAAGGAUCGAAUUAAAAAUAGAUACAAAAAACCAAUCAAGGAUUCGAUGUUCGAUUUAAUUAAUGUGUUGUCUACGGAUGAAGAAUAGAGCAACAGAUAAUUCUAUGGCUAUCAUUAGUUUCAGUCUCAGGGAUUUGACAGUCUAGAGAGGCAAGUAGCUAAAUCAGUAAAAUAGGAGAAACCUUUUACUGAAAUGAUGAUAGAAGUUCAAUUUCUAUUGAAAUAAUUUUUAGCGACAAAAUUUUGA